ACAACACACACACACACGCACAUACACACUCACACACACACUCACACGCGGCGCGCAGACACGCUCCCUCCCUCGGCGCGCUCUGCCCCUGCCCGCCAGCCCGCCGCGCACGCAGCCCGCCCCGCGCCCGCCCCGCGCCCGCGGCUCCGCGAAACCCGGCCGUGCCCGAGCUGCUCAUGGAGAAAGUGCCGGGCGAGAUGGAGAUUGAGCGCAGGGAGCGCAGCGAGGAGCUGUCCGAGGCGGAGAGGAAGGCGGUGCAGGCGACGUGGGCCCGGCUCUAUGCCAACUGCGAGGAUGUGGGGGUGGCCAUCCUGGUGAGGUUCUUUGUGAACUUCCCGUCGGCCAAGCAGUACUUCAGCCAGUUCAAGCACAUGGAGGAUCCCCUGGAAAUGGAGCGGAGUCCCCAGCUGCGGAAGCACGCCUGCCGGGUCAUGGGGGCCCUCAACACCGUGGUGGAGAACCUGCACGAGCCCGAGAAGGUUUCCUCAGUGCUGGCCCUGGUGGGCAAGGCCCACGCCCUCAAGCACAAGGUGGAGCCCAUGUACUUCAAGAUCCUCUCCGGGGUCAUCUUGGAGGUGAUUGCCGAGGAGUUUGCCAGCGACUUCCCGCCCGAGACACAGAGAGCCUGGUCUAAGCUGCGAGCCCUCAUCUAUAGUCACGUGACUGCCGCCUACAAGGAAGUGGGCUGGGUACAGCAGGUCCCCAACGCUAGCACCCCGCCAGCUACGCUGCCCUCCUCAGGGCCCUAGGGCCUCUUCUCUCCUCCCCCCUCCCUGGCAGCACCUUGAGCAGCAGGCUGAGUUCUGAAGACCCUCCUUGACUCUCCAUUUCUGGGUGCCAAGGACGCUGAAGGAAUCCCUGAAUCGUCUUCUCAGAGAGACACCACCUUGCCGUGGCCACAGUUCCCCCCUGGAGUCGCCGGGAGGCAGAGCCGGAGCUUAGAUGCUGACCCCAGCUGGGGUGGCCUUUGGGGCCUUGGGGGACCCUUCCUUCUUGAAAAGCCAGGGCACCCCCCCACCCCUUCUUAGCUUUUCUACUCACCAUUAGAGACCCAGCUAAGUGUCUGGCCAGAGCCGGGGACAGGUCUAGGAGUCAGUCGAGGAACAAGCCAACCCAGUCCCGAUCUGCCUAACCAGCAUGCGGGUCUCCACAUUAGUCUAUCUAGAGCAUCACGCACACGCACCUCCCAUAUAUACAGAUAUAUUCUCUAUACCGCCUCUAUAAAAAAAUAUAUAUAUAUAUACACACACGUGCAUAUCUCUAACGUUAAUCUCUAGGAGCUGGAGCCGGCAGGAAGCCCACCUCUGUGUGUGUGGCAGGGCAGGGUCAUGGUCACACGUCUGGGCAGAGAACAGAGUGUCCUGACUUGCAGGGGAGGGGGAUCCCCACAUUGGCACAGAGCAGAUGGGGCGGCCUCUGGGCAGGGUUAGGGUGGCCCAGCUUGCCUGUAAAGCCCAGCUCCUUCUCUAAGCAGCUCUCCAAUCCCUGCUUUUCACUUCUAAGCCAAAAGGUUUUGCCCUUCUCCCUCACCUCUACUACCCAUUAGUCUGGGCUCCCUGAUUUGGCCCCACUUACCCCAUACCCCACCUCCCCAUCCCAGAAUGGACAAAGGCAGACUUUCUGUUCAGGAGAGAACACCACACUGGGGGAGGCUCCACCCAUCUGCCUUUGUCAUUAUGAUGGCUCCAGGUUUUUUGGGGGGUGGGAGAGGGGGAGAAUCAAGGACCACAGGCCCCCCAUCUCUUCCCGGCGCUCUAAGCACCCUGGGGCCUCCCUUCCUGCCCCUGGCUGGCUGUUGGUGAUGGUCAUUCCUGUCCACCUGUCUGGGUCAGCAUUGCUGGGGGCACCCCCAACCCCUAUGUGUGCUCCCUGGUUGGUCACAUGUGUUGUCCCCAAGGGUGUGUCGCUGAUGUGGCUGCAGCCCCUCCUGCCCACCUCCAUGCAGUCCUGUGUGUAGCCACCUCCUGUAGGUGUUUGUGAUCACACCCAGCGUGUCAUUAAACAGACUUGUUAUCCCCGUC